AUGGUUUUCUUAUCCGAUCGACGUAACAUUAGAGCCGCUUGGUUCAUGAUAACGAGGUUGCAGAGGUGCAAAGGCCAACUCAAGUUGAGCUGUGCAACGAUUUGUUCCAGCCUAAAGCCGUCCAUCGGAGUUGCUUGUCGAAGUUCGCUGGAGGAACUCGAAUUUGCCUUGCCUUUCUUCACAUUCAAGGACGAGAGCCGCAAGAUGGCGAGAGAGACCAGCCCUGGCCUCAAAAUCCUCUGGAUAUGGACCAUCGGCACUGCAGCAGUGCUGGUCACUAGUGUGGUGAGGACGAGGAUGAGAGACAUGGAGCAGUUCAUGAAUGCCGAGCAACAACAACCUCAUCUGAAUCAGCAACAAGAGCCGCAGGAGGCCAGCUCCGGCGAGUCGAUCGUUCUGGACGACUCGCCGCCACCGAAUCCGAGUGACGGAAUCGUUGAAGAAAUCAAGUCAUUAUAG